CGCAGGAGCAGAUGGGGUGAACUUGUUUUACCUGCUUAAAGGCGCCGCCGGGUCAAGCUCAACGAGCUGUCCGGAUAGGUAACAGUUAUUUAAGAUAUAAAGACCGUGAAAGAGUGUAGACAGCGAUUGGAGUAAGAGUAAAAGUAGAGAAGUUAAGAUGAGCACAGACAACCAGGGAGCGAUUUGACGGCACCGCAAGGAAUCAGAGCGUGUUCGUUGUUCAAGAAGCGGAAACAACAACAACAACAACAACAAGAGAGCAACCGCCAAAUGGGUUUCAAUCCAUCCAGCGUGCAAUUGGAGCAGCAUGCCUUGGCUCAGGACGCGCAUAAAAACGCUCCAACUUGGGAUGGCACCCAAACAUUGUGAAGUUUUUCAUGUGUCGGAACUACCUCUGUGCUAUGCAUCAGCUCGCUUCUAGCUCACUCGGCGGCACCAAAGGAUUUAACUUGGAUCCGAGUCACCAUGUCAAAAGUCAUCCAAAAGAAGAACCACUGGAUCACCAAAGUGAACGAGUGCGUAAUUGUGCGGGACUCCUGCAGUGAACUGAAUGUGGAGCUUCUCGGUGGAGCUGAGCAUGGACAGUUUGCCUACAUCGGACACAUCCGAGAGGAUGCUGUCCUUUACCAGGACGGUAAACUCAGCCAGGGGGAGCUCAUUCUGGAGGUUGAUGGGCUGUCCGUGUCUGGAUUACCCCUGUAUGACAUUUUAACUGUGAUAACAUGCGCCAAAGGGCCCAUCACUUUGAAGACUGUGCGUCAAGGUAACAAGCUCAACAAAGACCUGAAGCACUACCUGAGUCUGAGGUUCCAAAAGGCUUCCCCGGACCAUGAACUGCAGAAGACCAUCCGAGCCAAUCUGUAUCGCCAUGCUGUGCCUUGUACCACACGCACCCCCCGAGACGGAGAGGUGCCAGGGGUGGAUUACAACUUCCUGUCUGUGGAGGACUUCCUAGAACUUGAAGAGAGUGGCACACUACUCGAAAUCGGAACAUAUGAGGGUAACUAUUAUGGGACCCCCAAGCCGCCAAGGCAGCCCAUCAUUGGGACAGUAAUUCUCGGAAAUGCAGGCUCCCAGCAGUCCACCCCAAAGCGUACUAAGUCCUACAAUGACAUGCAAAGCGUACGAGUAGUGCCUGCUGACGACGAUGAUGACGACCAGGCCUCGGAAAUGAACAACACUUUUACAGGAUCCUUAGUGCGUAGCCUCUUUCCCUCUCCUUUGUUGUGCGCAGGUAACCCUAGCGACCAGGAUGAGAGCCGCGGCGGCAUCCUCCGGCCGUACCCCGCACGUGACAAUGCUCCUUCCUGUGGUCUGACCAAUGCAGCCAUCUCCGCUGCAGACAGUGGGCGGCAGGCCCUGGCUGAGCCACAAGUCUCCCCGGAAGAUGCACUGGGGCCAUUGCCCGAAAACUGGGAGAUGGCGUACACUGAGAAUGGAGAACUUUACUUCAUAGACCACAACACAAAGACCACAUCCUGGUUGGAUCCCCGAUGUAGAGACAAAGCCUCGAGGACUCUGGAAGAGUGUGAUGAUGAUGAAGAGGGGAUACAUACAGAAGACCUGGAGAGUGAUAUAGAGCUGCCGCCAGGAUGGGAGAGGAUAGACGACCCAGUGUAUGGCAUUUACUAUGUCGAUCAUAUAAACAGGAAGACCCAGUAUGAGAACCCAGUGGUGGAGGCGCGGCGUCGGAAAAUCCUGCAGGAGCAGCAGCAGCCGCAGCCUCCAGAAGGUGAGCGGUACAUUCAAGAGUGGAUAGAAGAGCAUUCCUCAGCAGCAGCACCACUGGUAAACUACACUUCAAACCACCUCGAGACCUAUAGGGACCCUCAAGUCCCGCCAACUCUACCUCCAGCCCCAGCGGGAGCCAAACGAGGGAAGCCGUUUUUCACCAGAAACCCCGCAGAACUGAAAGGAACCUUCAUCAACACCAAAUUGAAGAAGAGCCGGCGUGGCUUCGGCUUCACGGUGGUCGGAGGAGAUGAACCAGAUGAGUUUCUGCAGAUCAAAAGUUUGGUGCUGGACGGGCCUGCAGCGGUGGAUGGCAAGAUGGAGACAGGUGAUGUCAUCGUGAGUGUGAAUGACACCAUUGUGCUGGGAUACACCCAUGCUCAGGUGGUGAAGAUCUUCCAAUCCAUCCCUAUUGGCUCCAUGGUGGACUUGGCCUUAUGUCGUGGCUACCCCCUGCCCUUUGACCCCGAUGACCCCAAUACAAGUCUGGUCACAUCAGUGGCUAUCUUGGACAAGGAGCCUAUUAUUGUCAAUGGACAGGAAACAUUUGACUCACCUUCCAACCAGGGUGGACCACUUAACGGCAUGAGGGAGCCUCGGGCACACAGCCCCACUGCUGAGGUGGUUUCCAACAGCCUGCACGGCUACACCAGCGAUGUGGUAACCCUGGCCUCAUCUAUAGCCACUCAGCCUGAGCUGAUCACCAUACACAUGGAGAAGGGCGAUAAAGGAUUUGGGUUCACCAUUGCAGACAGCCUGACAGGAGGCGGGCAGAGGGUCAAGCAGAUUGUGGACUACCCACGCUGUCGGGGCCUCAAGGAGGGGGACAUACUGAUGGAGGUUAACAAGAGAAAUGUCCAAAACAUGAGCCACAACCAGGUGGUGGACUUGCUGAGCAAAUGCCCCCGAGGAAGUGAGGUCACAAUGCUGGUGCAGAGAGGAGUGGUGCCAGCCAAGCGGAGUCCAAAGCUGGUGCACCAGUUAGAGAGGAAAGACAGCCAGAGCAGCUCCCAGCACAGCGUGUGCAGCCAUCGCAGUGCCCACACGGACUCUCCCAGCCACCCACCUGCCAUGCCCAGUGAGGCCGUGGUGCCCACUCCGGAUCCACCCACCCAUUCACUGCCAGGCCUGCCCCCUCAGGACCCUGCAGAUGGCACCCUCACUCUCCAAAAGAAGCCGGACCCCUUUAAGAUCUGGGCGCAGUCAAGGAGCAUGUACGAGAGCAGAUUGCCAGAUUGCCAGGAGCAGGACAUUUUCCUUUGGAGAAAGGAUACGGGGUUCGGUUUUCGGAUUCUUGGAGGAAACGAGCCAGGGGAGCCUAUCUACAUAGGUCACAUAGUGAAGUAUGGCGCAGCAGAUGAGGAUGGACGCCUGCGUUCAGGGGACGAGCUAAUCUGUGUAGAUGGCACAGCAGUAGUAGGCAAGUCUCACCAGUUGGUAGUGCAGCUGAUGCAGCAGGCUGCCAAACAGGGCCACGUCAACCUCACGGUCAGACGCAAGACCACUGGAUAUGGAGUGUCAAAAGGGGAAGGUGACGUUCCACCAUCACCAGCCUCUUCCCACCACAGCAGCACCCAGGCACCAAGCUUGACUGAAGGCAAGCGGACCCCACAGGGAAGCCAGAACUCUCUCAACACUGUCAGCUCGGGCAGCGGCUCCACCAGUGGCAUAGGCAGUGGCGGAGGAGGUGGUAGCGGAAGCGCGGUUGUUCCUGCCUCGCUGCAGCCAUAUGACGUGGAGAUCCAACGUGGCGAGAACGAGGGAUUCGGUUUUGUCAUUGUGUCCUCUGUUUCCAGGCCUGAUGCUGGCACUACCUUUGCUGGAAGUGCUUGUGUGGCCAUGCCCCACAAAAUAGGGCGCAUCAUUGAGGGCAGCCCGGCAGACCGUUGCGGCAAGCUGAAAGUCGGCGAUCGAAUAUUGGCUGUCAACAACUGCUCCAUCACUAACAAGUCCCACUCGGACAUUGUCAACCUGAUCAAGGAAGCCGGGAACACGGUCUCACUCAGGAUCAUCCCUGGUGAUGAGUCUUCCAAUGCUUCUCUGCUGACCAAUGCCGAGAAGAUAGCUACCAUCACCACCACACACACUUCUCAACAAUCCAAAGAGUCCCGGAAUAACUCAAAGUCGAAAGGAGUUCCUCCUCCGCCACCAACACAAACUCAGACACCGCAGGACAACGAGUUCUACUCAGUGGACCUAGAACGCGACAGCAAAGGUUUCGGUUUCAGCCUGAGAGGAGGGCGGGAGUACAACAUGGACCUGUAUGUGUUGAGACUAGCCGAGGACGGAGCUGCUGUCAAGAAUGGCAAAAUGAGGGUGGGAGACGAGAUCUUGGAGAUUAACGGCGAGAGCACAAAGAACAUGAAGCAUUCACGUGCCAUUGAGCUAAUCAAGAAUGGUGGUCGGCGGGCACGUCUUGUUCUGAAACGUGGGGAUGGAUCUGUGCCCGAGUAUGACGGCACCAAUGACGGGUACCCUCCCACACCCGGGGCACAAAACACUUCGGAAAUGAGAACGCUGCCACCCUACAGCCGAUACCACACCUCAUUGGAGCCCAGUUAUCCACCAGACCUUCACACACCAUCACGCCACGAGGAGUCUGGAUGUGGCCGAGACAGAGAUAGGAACAGGGUUGGGUCAGAUCAGAUGGACUACCAAGGCCGACAGUUUAACCCCCAACAUCACCACACCUGGAACAACCAUCAUAGUCAAAGUAACCCCAGGCAGCCGUCUCCAGACAGCAGCAACAGUAGCAGUGGCAACAAGAAGAGCAGAGACCGCAAGGUCAAAAAGUCUGAGUCCGAAAGCGGCAUCUCAAAACUCCUAAAGACUCUGAGGAAGGACAGUUCAGGGAAGAAGGCUGCAGCUGCACAAAAACUCAGGGGCCAAGGACUCUCAAACAGCAGCUCUACUUUGGACAGGAGGUUUCGCACGCAGCGCCGCAGUUCCCUUGAUCGCUCGCCGACCCGAACGCGCACCUCCUCCCCUGAUCGUAGGCGGGCCAAGUCGAUGGACCGCAGGGCAGAGCGAGCACAACGGGAUCGUACGCCUGAGAGGGAGCGUGACGAUGGGGGGUUCCUCUCUGUCACCCCUGAGCGCAAGUUCUACGAGCGAAGGCUCCUCAAGAACUCGCCGAUGAGCGGGCGAGUCAGGGAGGCCUCCACUCCUGAGCGUUCCAACGACAAUGGCGAUUCAUCGUCUCUUUCGAGGGGCCGCACGCAUGAUAGAGCCACAAAGAAUGGCAACCUGUUGAGAGACUCUUCCUCAGAGCGAUAUCGGAUGAACGGAACACCGGAGAGACCGUACCGAGUGGAGCGGGACUCUUCCCCUGACAGCAACUACAGCCGGGACGAGCAGAACUAUGCAGCAGCACCCAGACUAAAGGACUACUACAGCAUGAUGAAGAACAACGCUGCACACAACAAUGCUGCAUACAACAACACAGGCCACAACAAUAACACCUUUGGCCGAAGCUCAAACCAGCUCCCUGAGCCCAAGAGAAGCCUGUACAAAGAAAGCCCCAAAGACCUCAGCAUCUAGAGCAGAAUGGACUCUCCCCUUUGUGUGUAUCAUACACUGGAAUUGGACUACAAUAGUCAGCUGAUUUAUAGAUUGACUUAACUCGUUGUGAUCCCAUGCAGAGAUUCCUAAAACAGCAGGAGUACAAUCCCAUCAGCUCACAUUGGUUGUUUUGUCAUCGUUGCGUUGCUCAUAGCAGGUUGUUGUACUAUAGUAGAAGUAUUGUAUGUGCCUGCAUAUGAAAUCGGUGAUAUUGCUUUUUGUCUGCAUUGCUGAAUCUAAAUGUUUUGUUCCCUCUGAGAUAUGAAACAUGCUUCCAGUUGUGCUUUUGUCAAUGUCUUUGAUUUUACGAAACAAAUGAUAGCACAAUUCACCGAUGGCUUACAAGAACUGUGAAAAUCACAUUGGCUAAUUUUUUGACAUUUCAAAAGGAGUUAUAGUGGUUGAGUGCUGAUUUUAUAAAUAAUUUAUUAACCCUGUGUGCAUUUGCUGGCUGUCUUUAUUUAAUUUGGCACGUUCAUCAAGUGAGCUUGGUUAAAUCCUAAAGAUUUAUGUUCAGAAACCAUGCUAACCAAAUUUUGUAUUACUUCUUUAAAAUGUGUUACCCUUUUAAAAACACCCCAUUUCCGAAAUUAGGAAGUUGCUGCAAGUGAUGUGGAAGAAAAUGGUAAUGGUGAUAUACCCUUAGCAAUGGACGUGCCCAAGCUGAAACUAUCAGUCAAAAGAGGAAAAAAAAAGACACGUUUAAAGAGGAAAGGAUCAAAUGAUCCAGUGCAAGAUGUGACUUUUGUCACUUUGGAUUUAAUUGGUAACAACCAUGCACUGUGACUGUUUUUUGGUUCUGCCCCUGCCUUCACAAAGACAUACAGAGGACCCACACAUUACUCAUUAAAAAAAAAACAACAAAAUCAUCAAUUUACUUUUAAACUCGAUGAAUGCCACUUGGCCGUUGCGUGCAGCAAUGUAAGUCCUACCCCCGAAAAAUGUGUCCACAUUUUUAGUUGCUAUUACUUCCAAGCAAUUGAAGCGUAAUUUCCAAAUAAAAGUAAUUAUUGUAUCCCAGUAUAGGAGAUGACCAAUCUGCCAUGCUGAGCCACGCUGUCACCCCACUGGAGUCUGGCUGCUGCUUUAUAAUGUGUUUUGUGUGUAUUCUGUUUUUUUCUGUUUCUUUAAAAUAACUAAUAGUGUAUUGGAAUAAUCACAACAAAUACAUUACUUGACCAUCGUUGUCCACCAUGGUACUGAAUUUAAGAAAAAGAAGAAAAAAACACAUUUUUGAUGUUCACCUGUCGGCCAUCACCUGUAAAGAUUUUUCCUAUGUGACUAUUAGGAACUUGUGAAGGAAUACAAAUGUUGCCUUUUUCAUGUACAAAAGAGAAAUUUAUGAUAACCCUCAGCUGUGAGGAAUGUGAUAUUGUGUUUUUAUCUUUGAAAUGGACCUGAUGAUUUAUGGGAACUAUGUUGACUUACUAUGGAUCAGGUAUGUAAAGACCUUUUUCGAAUGAAAGACUGUACUUGGUCACUCAAAAUCUGUUUGUCUGUUUGAAUUUCUCUAUGGUUAGCCUGCCUUUGUAUUAUAAAGCACUUGUAUGCAGUCUGUGUUCUUCAAGCAUUAUUUCUUGCAAUGUGCUCCGGACAUAAUGCUGUGUAUGUGUUGAUAAGAGCAGUACAUGUAUAUGGGCCAUUUUUUU